GCAAAACACCAUCUCAAAAAACAAAAAAAACAAACAAAAAAAAACCUCCCGUCUUCAAAUCUGUCAGAAGUCCCUGAUUGUAUGGCAUUUAGGCUUCCAAGAAAGCCCCAUGUACCCUUAUAGAACCAGUUACAAAACCUCCAUGAAUAUAUUUGCCAUGCAAUGAAUGAGCAUUGAGUACCUAUUAUGGGCCAAGUACUGUGCUAUAAGCUGGGAAUAUAAAGUCCAAGUCUAACCCACAAGGGGGUUAGAGUUUAGUAAGAGGUAGAUUAAGUAUGAUAAGUGUUAAGAUAAAUGUGAGCAGGAGGCACCUCCCAUAGACUGGAAAGAGUGCUGAGAAGGCAGAAGAGAAAGGAGGGUUGGGACAGGUUCCCAGAGCAAGUGACAUUUCCCCUGAGGCUUGAAAGACCAAGUAGGAGUAACCAGGAAGAGACUGGUCCAGGCUGACCUCUUUGCAAAGACAAAAGAUAAGAAUCAUAUUUGCAGUUAAAGUUAAAAAUACUUCCUUCAUUCUUUGAGACCUCACUGUGAUUCAAACUCAGGAUCUCCUGUUUACUAGACAGGUACUUUAACCAAAUAAGUCACUAGAAAAUAAACUCUCCAUAGUCCACAUGUACUUCCUUCCUAAGUUCUUGUUUUUGUAAAGUCUGGCUUCACUGGUAUAAUCACCCAUCAGGCAAGAAAUAAGACGAAUUUAUACUUCUUACAGUGGACAAGAAAUUGUUUUCGAGAACAGUGUGGACUAGCAACAAGGGGGAGUGUCCCUGUCUUGGGGACACAGGAGUGGUGAAGAGGAGAGAUCAUAAUCAGUGCCACCUGAUGGGUGACGUAGAAGGGAUAUUUAAGGAGUACGUCAACAUAUCCUUGGUCUCAAGCUCAAGAUGAACUUUAUCUCGGCUUUUGUUUUGUUUUUUUGGCAUCUUAAGUCUUGACUCACUAUCAAUCAUAACGAUACAAAAAAAAAAAAGAAGAGAGAGAGAGAGAGAGAGAUUCUCACCCUACUGGUACAUUUGCACCGACAAGAAAACCUAGAAAAAUCUUGGUUGUAAGAGAGAGGACUUCAUUUUUGUUAAUAAAGUUAGGAAAGCUGGAAGUGGCUGGCUGAGGAUCUCUGAACCUGAGAUAGCCCAAAGGCAAGAGUUUCCCGAGUUUAUGGGCGCUGAGUGUAGGAGCUGGGUUGUUGCUACUUCGGGUUCUUAAGACAGUCGUUAUAAGGGGAGCAAGGGUCAGAUUAGUUCAGUUUCUUUCUCUUGGGGCAGGGAGCAGAGGGAGGAGCAAGCCAGCCCUUGUGGUUCCUUCUGGUCUCUAGCCUACAAGGAAUAGGCUCAUUUCCCCUUGGCAAGGCGCCUGAAGCAGCUGGCAAGCAUGCCUCCUCUCCCUACCUCAGUACCCCCUCUGACCUGACCGCACUCAGAAACCAAAAUUCUCUAGGUGAAUGCAGGCUCCCAUUUUGUCCCACAAUCAUUUCAUCAUUUAGGUACAGCUUGACCUCUAAUGUGACAUCACAAACGCUUCUGGUCCACAAUCUUUUUUUCUUCUUCAGAAACUACCCUAAACAAGGAAGUUUGUGUUCCAAGGUAAGAGAAUCGGAAAUGAAAAACUCAGGAUCCCUCACGAACAGCCCGACCCUGCUUUCAACCAGGAAGUUCAAGGGAGGCAGGGCUGUACGGUCAAAACUGCAAAGUCGAAGCUCAAGACUGUAAGAAGAAAGUGGUCUUCAAAGAAAAGGAUUCACCCAAAUCGAAGAGGUUGUUGCACUUCUUUUCCCUGGCUGAUUACAUUUCAUGUCUGUAAACUUUGCUAAGCCCGGGGCGCUGGCUGUAUAAGCAGAGACAGGUGUAGGGACACCUCUACCCUCUGGAUACAUCUGCGGCCGCCGCUGCUGGGUGCACAGGACGAAGGGCCCUCGACCCAAUCCCAGUCCAAGCUUCCGGAUGACGCACCUGGGCCGGGGACCUCUCCCACGUGAGGGGGCCAACCAAGCAUCCCCAGUCCUGGGGCCACCCAGCCCGCUCCGAAGGGAAGGGGCAGGGAAAAAGGGCAUCUCGGGGCCAAACCUCAUGCCGGAUCCUCCGGCUUUCCCCCCAUUUCCAGGAUAUCGUUUCGCAUCAGGGACACUCGUCUCUACACCUCCUACCUCAAAGUCUUGCGCACCUACCCUUCACGUCUCUCCAAAGCAACUGAAUUAAAGCGCCUACUGGCCUUGGCGGCGCAGAUAAUACACAGGCAUCUUAUGAAGAUUAACCAACAUAUAGAAGAAUAUGAAGAAAGUGAAAAUCAUCAGAAGCCCCACAGUCUUGGGUGACCAUAGUUGAUACUCUGAAGAUGUCAGAGUGGGAUUUGCAGUAGACUCCCAGCAGCUCCUAGGGGCACCAAGUGAGAUGCCUGCCGGGCCCACUGUGUCCACUGCCCUCUGGUAGCACCUGAGGAUCAUGGGAGAUGAUGGUGAAAAAGGAGAUCCAGGAGAAGAGGGAAAGCAUGGCAAAGUGGGACGCAUGGGGCCGAAAGGAAUUAAAGGAGAACUGGGUGAUAUAGGAGAUCAGGGCAAUAUUGGCAAGACUGGGCCCAUUGGCAAGAAGGGUGACAAAGGGGAAAAAGGUUUGCUUGGAAUACCUGGAGAAAAAGGCAAAGCAGGUACCGUCUGUGAUUGUGGAAGAUAUCGGAAAUUUGUUGGACAACUGGAUAUUAGUAUUGCUCGGCUCAAGACAUCUAUGAAAUUUGUCAAGAAUGUGAUAGCAGGGAUUAGGGAAACUGAAGAGAAAUUCUACUACAUCGUGCAGGAAGAGAAGAACUACAGGGAAUCCCUAACCCACUGCAGGAUUCGGGGUGGAAUGCUAGCCAUGCCCAAGGAUGAAGCUGCCAACACACUCAUAGCUGACUAUGUUGCCAAGAGUGGCUUCUUUCGGGUGUUCAUUGGCGUGAAUGACCUUGAAAGGGAGGGACAGUACGUGUUCACAGACAACACUCCACUGCAGAACUAUAGCAACUGGAAUGAGGGGGAACCCAGCGACCCCUAUGGUCAUGAGGACUGUGUGGAGAUGCUGAGCUCUGGCCGAUGGAAUGACACAGAGUGCCAUCUUACCAUGUACUUUGUCUGUGAGUUCAUCAAGAAGAAAAAGUAACUUCCCUCAUCCUACGUAUUUGCUCUUUUCCUGUGACCAUCAUUACAGUUACUAUUAUCCAUCCUUUUUUUUCCUAAUUAUACUACAUUUGAUCUGAGUCAACACAGCUAGGAAAUGCUAAA